CUCACGACACAACUGUCAUCUUCGCUAACUUUAAUGAUAAAUGUGUAAAAACAUUUACUUGUAGAAACCCGUAAAGAGUUUCAACCUACUAUUAUAUCAUUAUUUUUGUGUUAAUUUUUGUUAAUAAGUAUAUUCAUGUAGAUUAGCGGAUAUAAUAUUUUUUAGUGCCGAUUGUAUCUCUUUUUCACAAAUUAUCGUUGUCGAAAUGGACCUAGAAGACAAUGCAUUGGGUUUGACCCAAGAACAAACUGAUAAAAUUCUGCAGUUCCAAGAUUUAACAGGGAUUGAAGAUAUGUCGAUAUGCAGAGAUGUUCUUCAAAGACAUCAAUGGGAUUUGGAGGUUGCAAUACAGGAACAGCUCAAUAUGAGGGAAGGUCGACCUUCAGUAUUUGCGACAGAAGCGAGAGCACCUCCAGUUGUCCAUGAUCACAUAGCACAGCAGGUGUUCACAGAUGAGGUGCCUGAAAGUCCAGGAGGAGUGCGUGGGCUACUGCGCUAUGUAGUCAACCUAGUUGUAUCAGUGUGUUAUAAUACAAUAUCUUCUGUUUUAAACUUGCUGCUAAGUUUUGUCAGAAAUGAUGAAAGAAGAUUGGUAACGGACCCAUUGGGGGAUGUGAUGAGCUUCAUUAACAGCUACACACCCCGUUAUUCCCCGCAUCCUGUGUUCUAUCAGGGAACUUAUGCCCAGGCUCUCAACGAUGCUAAGAAUGAGCUAAGAUUUCUUGUAGUCUACCUGCACUCAGAAUCAGCAACUGAGACACAGAACUUCUGCAGAAGUACAUUAGCCGACCCGGAUGUGAUCCAAUAUAUUAACACACAUGCACUCUUCUGGGGUUGCUCUAUCGACACGUCAGAGGGCUGGCGAGUUGCACAAUCAGUAGGUGGUCGGAGAUACCCAUUGUUGUGUGUAGUAUGUGUAAGGGAUCACCGCAUGACUGUGGUUGCAAGAAAUGAGGGUACAUGUGCACCGCAGCAAUUGCUACAGAGGCUGCAGAGAAUUGUAGAAGAGAAUGAACCACACCUUACUGCAGCUAGAGCGGACAGGGUGGAGCGCGAGGUGACAGCGCGGUUACGCGCCGCCCAGGACGAGGCGUACGAGGAGUCGCUGAAGGCGGACCAGGAGAAAGAGCGGCGACGUGCGGCCGACCGCGCCGCCCGGGACCAGGUGCAACGUGACCACGCGCAGAAACAGAUGCUGGAAGAGCAACACAAGCAACAGAUUAUAGCGGCGCGGGCCACAAUAGCAGCCAAAUUGCCGAGCGAGCCCCUAGCCGGGAAGGAUACCGUCGCGUUACUAAUACGCCUCCCCGGGGGAGAGCGACUUACCAGGCGUUUCCUACUCGCGAACACCACACAGGAUUUAUACGACUUCGUAUUCAGCCACCCGCAGUCACCCGAGGAGUUUGAGAUCACAACCAAUUUCCCAAAACGUGUUAUAGUGCGGGGAUAUUCCAAUUUGCAUGACGCCGGUCUCAAAGACCGCGAUGUACUGUUCGUGAACGAUAUAAAUGCAUAACAAGUUUUAUAUAAUAAAUAAUUAAAUGAAUAAAGUACGUUUUCUUCUUA